GAACGAAGCAAACUGCAAACCUCAUCUCUUCCUCGCUCGCCUCCCGCACGCAACCUCCGCCGCCUCCGCCUCUCCCACGUAACCGGCCGGCACGAGCGUCGCCAGCAGGAGAGGAACUGGCUCCGCUCUCCCACAUAGUUACACAUACGUCGUCGUCUCGAGGGAGGAGUGGGUGCGAGGAGAAGGCGGCAGCGGCAGUUUCGAUCUGUGCUCUGCCUUACGCGGGAGGCAGCGGAUCGAUCCGGCCGAACUGGCUGCCGGAAGGAUGGGAGGAAGAAACCAUCGUUGGUCGGCUGGGGGUCAGCAGGCCCAGAUGCGCGCAUUGUCUCCUUCUGCACCAGGGCAAACAAUUGCUAUUAGGAAGGUUCUUCGGGAUAAGCAGUACAAGAACCGCGAGCUUAAUGUCGUAGCUCUGAAGCAUUGUUUCUUUUCUACAACUGAGAAGGAUGAAAUUUUGCUGAACUUGGUCUCGAGUGGUGAUCGAUGGCUCAUGGCUCUCCCUAGUGGUUUGGUAGCGGGACGGAAUAGGGCGGUGGAGGUGAGGCAGCAGAGAGCGGGUGCUGGCCAUGCUCGCCAGGCCAUCCGCGAUGCAUCGAAUAUGUUAGCAGUAUCUUGCGGAAGAAGAAGAGGACGACAAUGGCUUACAGAUGAAGAUGACAGUGCCAACUUGCAGUGUAACAGGCUCACAAUGCCGCCAUGGAUACUCUCCCGCACUAGCUAUUCAGGUAUACUAGAUCGUCGCCGGCGCGCGUUGCUGCGCCCGUCAAUUUUGACAUUAUAAUAUUAGUGAUUGAUGAUUAUAUCUAAAUGUACUAAUUUAAUCAUCAUAUAAUCACACAUUAUAUUUAACAUGCUCACACC